AUGGGAAUGCCUUCUUUGCAUCCUGCUGAUUUGGGAAAUGACUUAGGGGCUGAGACACAAAUCCCUGUGGUUUUGAAGAAUUCUGAACAUCCUGUGGAUGUUGAUAUUGUUCCAUAUGAGCAUCUUAUUGCCCAGGUGCAAGAUAUUGUUAAUACUAAUAAGGUUUCUCUUAAUUUUGCUUUAGCUAAUAAAGUAAUUUCUUCAAUUUUGGUUGAUUUGGGUAGCCUGGAGAAUGACUUGGCUGCGUUUCCCACAAAUAACUCUUUUGAUUUACUCAAUACGGAUAAGGCUUUGGUGGCAUCAAUUCUUGGGCCAUCUUCAGUUCCCAUUGUUUCAGAUAGGGAGAAGAUGGCUAAAUGGAGCCCUCCCCCCUUCCCUUCAUUCAAAAUUCAGUUUGAUGGGGCUUCUAAGGGGAAUCCGAGAAGGUCUGGUGUUGGAGUAGUUAUUUUUGAUCAUUCUUCUAAGAUCAUUAAAGUCAUGGGAAAACAUAUUGGUCAGGGUACUAAUAAUGUGGCUGAGUUCCAGGCUUUAUCCUUUGGGCUUGAUCUUUCUCUUUCAUUAAACAUAAAAGAUAUUGUUAUUGAAGGAGACUCAAUGGUGGUUUUUCAGGCGGUUGUUGCCAAAAAAUGUCUCUCUUGGCAUCUGCAGUAUUUUUUAGACCACAUUCUUGUGCAAUUAAAGUGCUUUUCCACUUUCUCUAUCUCUCACUGUUUUAGGGAGAUCAAUGUCAUUGCGAAUUUCUUGGCGAAUAAGGCUAUUAUUGAGGGUGCUAAUUUCUUAGAGAUUUCUCCUUCGGACAUUCCUGUUUUCUGCAUGAAGCUUCUUUCUUAG